CACCAGGGUGAUUAAAAUUCACACUGGUAUCCCCGCGUGCGCCUCUAAUAAUUUCCGGGGUUUGAUCGAAAACGAACUACCCUUCGUUCGUCACUCUCCUCUCAUCUAUCGCCCUCUUUGAAAAGGAAACUCGUCACACAAGUGGUUCCUAGACUAUUCCCGCAGGUACACUGAGAUUCGUCUCCAUUGUGUCGGUCUGCUCCCUAUGGGACACACCAACAGCACAAAACCACACCUGUAAGCGGCGUGCUAAAAGACACCAUGCCGGAAGCAACCACGACAGAGAACACGGUGCCACAAGAAAUCGGACGGACAACUUCCGAUGAAGCGGAGUUCGAAGACAUAGUGCCCAGGCCGUACGUGGUACCCGUCAUGGAGGAGCCCAAGACGGUACCGUGGGACAUCGACAUCAGCGAGGCAGACUUCAAGCGCCUCCAGGUCGGCUUCCGGCCCAAGGAACAGGACGACAAGUGGUACUUCUUGGCCAUGAAUCCCGACGAGGCCGGAAAUUUGGUCUUUCACAUCAUCCGCUUCUUCUCGCGCCUCACGUUUUACACCUUCCCUAUCAAACCCGUCGAUGGCGGCGGCCGCUACAAGAUCGACUCGUUGAGCUGGGAACAGAAGGUGGCCAUCCCCCGAGACGGAGGCGGAGGCCACGGCGCACGCCGUGGCCCUCUGCAGAUGCCAUCUUGAGUGCGCCUUCGAGGCGCUGCCGUAUUAUAUUCCCCGUUGGUGAGGCCUGCUCUGUGCAUACCUCCGGCACUGCCUAUGGCAAGUGGCAGCUUGAUGGUGGUGUUGGCAGGAACAUAUAGGUCGCCGGGUGGCAUUUAGCAAAGGGUCUUUGGAGGUCAGGGCUCUCUUGUAUCAAUGCAUCUUGGCUGUCUCUUGCGCAAUCUUCCCCGAUGUUUUGCC